GCAUUGCUCUCUGCAUUUUCACCUCCUAUCCAGUUCCACUAGCUCGUGGGUGCUUUACUACUCUGGACUGGAAGUGUGGCUAUGGCAGACAUAUUUCCACACACGCAGACUAAGGAACCAGCUGAUUCCCGUGACCUGAGUGAGCCUCUCAUUGACCACGCUGAAGGCCAACUCUUCCUGAAUGAAACCUUUAAAAUCAUAGUGGAGGACGUGCUCCGCAAAGGCACGGACGUCAAUGAGAAGGUUUGUGAGUGGAAGGAACCAGAGGAGCUGGCUCUGCUGCUGGAUCUGGAGCUCAGGUCAACGGGCGAACCCCAACAAAGGCUCCUACAGAGGGUGAAAGAUGUCGCCAAGUACAGCGUCAAGACAAGUCACCCACGUUUUUUAAACCAGCAGUAUGCUGGGGUGGACUACCACUCCUUGUCUGGACGAUUUCUCAGUGAGGCUCUCAACACUAACCUUCACACCUAUGAGGUGGCUCCUGUGUUUGUGCUGAUGGAGAAUGAGGUUCUGAGGGGGCUGCGUCACCUGGUGGGCUGGACAGAAGGUGACGGUCUUUUCUGGCCUGGGGGGUCAGCCUCUAACAUGUGUGCCAUCAACCUUGCACGCUAUCAACUUUUUCCAGAGGUCAAAAGCCAGGGGCUGUUCGGUCUCCCGCGAAUGACCAUCUUUACAUCUCCAGAGAGCCAUUACUCGGUAAAGAAAGGAGCUGCCUAUCUGGGAAUUGGGACUGACAAUGUUAUUAUGGUGAAAGUGGAUGAUAGAGGGCGUAUGAUUCCAGGUGACCUGGACGAAAAGAUAACGCUGGCAAAAUCACAGGGUACAGUGCCCUUGCUUGUUAGCUGCACAUCAGGGACCACAGUUCAAGGUGCCUUUGAUCCACUGGACCAAAUUGCUGAUAUCUGUGAGAAACAUCAGAUCUGGAUGCACGUAGAUGCCGCCUGGGGAGGGAGCGUGCUCUUUUCCAAGCAACACAGACAUUUAAUGAAAGGUGUUGACAGAGCAAAUUCUGUAGCCUGGAAUCCACACAAGAUGCUGGUGGCUGGCCUGCAGUGUUCUGUCUUGCUGCUAAAGGACACAACGAACCUGCUGAGGCAAUGCCACACAACCAACGCCACAUACCUCUUCCAGCAAGACAAAUUCUACGACGUCAGUCUGGACAUUGGGGACAAGUCUGUUCAGUGCGGCCGUAAGGUGGACUGCCUUAAGCUGUGGUUGAUGUGGAAAGCUGUCGGCACUGAUGGCUUGGCACAGCGUAUAGACAAGGCUUUUCUCCAUGUUGGGUAUCUGGUAGAGCAGAUGAAGAAAAGAGAGGGCUUCCAUCUUUUGGAUGAGCCAGAGUUUGUGAACGUUUGCUUCUGGUAUAUACCAUCCAGUCUGAGAGGGAAGGAAAGGGAUGCAGAUUAUCAGGACAGGCUGGCUAAAGUGGCUCCUGUUAUCAAGGAACGCAUGGUGAAACGAGGCACAAUGAUGGUUGGGUACCAACCUCUGGGAAACAGAGUCAACUUUUUCCGUGUGAUUGUGUUCUCGCCCCUCGUUUCCCAGAAAGACAUGGACUUCUUCCUCAACGAAAUUGAAAGACUUGGGAAUGAUUUGUGACUGAAAUCACAGCCUGAUUAGAUCAUUUCAGGAAGCUGUCAUAAAAGAAACUAAAGUCGGUUAUGAGUUUUGAAAAUCAUAGACCAGAAUGUUAGUUAGUUUGUUAUGUAUGAUUAAUGAAUUAAUUCAUAACAUUGUAUGUAGAUGGUUGAAAUAAACUGUGAUAUACAAACACA